AUGGCUUCUAGCUCGAUAAUACCAGCAGCGUUUGGAACAGCAACGCCAGCAACAGUGCCGGUGUCCAGCAAUCAUAACGCCACCAGUUCCGCUAGUAAUCGGCUACUAACCCUCGACAAUUUUCUGUCCACUACCGCCGUCACCACCACCACCAUUUCAUUAAUGAACAGCACGUCGGCUGCGGCAACUGCUGUAUAUUCUUACAUCGGUAUUCACGCAAGUGCACCGCGCCUGCAUGGCAAUUCCCCUUCACCAGUGAACACAAGUAUACGCACUAAUACCGCUCGGCCGGAAGUGCAGCAGGAGCCCGGAAAUAACAGCAUCCGCAGCAGCAGGCGUGACGGCAGCGCUACUGCUAAUAAUACAGUUAUUCCUACGAUAAUUCUUAAUAACGUCAGUUAUGUCCAUGGAGGUGGCAACCGCACCGAUGGCGGUAGCGACGGAAAAAAUAAUAAUGUUUCGGUUGUGGGCACCGCCACCUCCAGUGCGUCUUUGCUGUUGUCACCAGCGGAAUUCAGCGUUGUCACGACCACCAACCCCGCCACAACCUCCGAUGCUACUACCGCGGCAACCGUGUAUAAUUUGUCCUGUCCACCGUGUCUGCUUGUAGGUGCAGAAAUACGGCGCGGGAUGGCAUUAGACCAGUUUGCCACAGCAGGAAUCAGCGUUGGUGUUAUCAUCUUGGUUGCUAUAAUCGUGAUCUGUGUCCUGUGGAAGCGCGGCUUCCGGCUAGGUCGAGUGGGCGGUGUAGGAGCAGCUAGCGGCGGUGGCGCUAACGUCAAUCUCAACAGCCGGAGCAACAACCCUCGCGUACCGCCACAGCAAGAUUCUGCCUUCACUCCGAUAUUCAAUCGAAGUCGCCCACUCCGCCCACAGCAGAAUCAUAGUUUCUCACCGACAUUCAGCACAUCCCGCCCGCGACAUAUGCCUACGCCUCGCUCCAGCCCACUGGCGUUCCUUUUCUCGCGGCAGCACCGCCCUCCCACCGACGCACCACCACCACCGCCACCACCGCCGCAGCAACAUGAAGCCGUGAUCCACUAUAAUCCCGAAUAUAACGGUCUGCCGGGGAACGAGGAGAAUGGGCACGCUGGCGGCAUGGGCGGCAGCCCUGGAGACGACAGAAUCUAUCAGAAUGUCGAGUUGAAUAUUGUUCCUAACCGGGAGGAAUGCCGCGGAUCGCGGAAUCUUUUGGACUUUGGGCUCGACAGCAGCAACAACAGCAGCAACAAUUUGGCUAGUAACCAAGGGAUUUCUGCGGUCAGUGAAGAAGAGGAAGCAGCGAACAGACGACCUCACCGGAAUUCUUCCUACUCAACAUAUUCCGGGUCCCCAUCGACUCCGCUCCGACACGAUACAUCUUAUCGCGUGAGCGCUGAAGGUUUCCGUCUGCCGUCACAGAUGGCUAGAUCACAAGACCGGAGCAGCAUCAGUGGGGUCCAUGGAAUGGAAUCGAUCGAGGAGCAGCAGGAUGAGGCUCCCGAUGUUUAUCUACCAUCCAGUGGUGUGGCUGAUGGUGAAGAGGAAAUGUGGGAGGAAGACGAUGUGGGUGAUGACGAUGCCGCCGAUUUUGAGAGCGAAGCUGGUGAGCAUGGCUAUGACGGCGGCAGCGGCAGUAGGGACGAUGGUCGCGGCUACGAUUUUCCCCCGCCACCGUCUGACGAAGUACCCCCGCCACCUGGACGCCCAGGACGUGGGGGACGCCGACGACGAAACGGUGGAGGUGGUGUUCGGGCAUGGGGGCGCGAAGCUGGACGCCGACUGGAACGGCACGGGGAAUAAAUGUCAUCGUAAUCGAUUUUUUCUCGUAAAAUU